UUCAAAUGCAACGACUACCACCUCCUCCUCCCUCAAGAACCACCUCUCUUAUUUGUUCUUGUUAGGACAAAAUCUUUUUUUUUUGUGUGUCUUCUGCAUGCUGUUGUCUAAUCUCCGUACACAACCGAUACGUAAAAUGAUACCAAAUUAUGACCCAAACGACAGGGAAGCAGGACUCGAUCUUCUCGAAGAUUUAACCACAAACGCAAAGCAAAUUCAACGACAAGUCCUUCAUCAGAUACUCACUGAAAACUCCAACACAGAAUACCUCAAAACGUUCAUCCAUGGCGGAUCCGACGAGAAAAGCUUCAAGAACAAGGUCCCGGUCGUGAACUACGACGAUAUCAAGCCAUUUAUUGAGAGAAUUUCCGGCGGUGCAUCCUCUGAUAUCAUCUCUUCUCAACCCAUCACCGAGCUCCUCACAAGCUCGGGAACAUCAGCAGGAAAACCGAAGUUGAUGCCUUCAACGGCUCAAGAAUUGGACAGGAAAACAUUCUUCUACAAUAUGCUUGUGCCCGUGAUGAACAAGUAUGUACCACCUUGCUUCAGUUUUGUUCUUUUUCUGAAUCUUGAUCGUCAAGAAACAAUCGGUGUUUUUUUUUUUUGCAGGUACGUUGAAGGGCUUGAUGACGGGAAAGGGAUGUAUCUGUUGUUCAUAAAACCCGAAAUCAAGACUCCUUCUGGGUUAAUGGCGAGACCGGUUCUGACGAGUUAUUACAAGAGCCAAAACUUCAGGAACAGACUGUACAACAAGUACAACGUUUACACGAGCCCUGACGAGACAAUCCUAUGUCUCGACAGCAAGCAAAGCAUGUUUUGUCAGUUGCUCUGCGGUUUGAUCCAACGAAAAGACGUUCUGAGGGUCGGAGCUGUUUUCGCUUCAGCGUUCCUUCGAGCCAUCAAGUUCUUGGAGGAUCACUUCAAAGAGCUUUGUUCAAACAUCAGGACCGGUGAUGUCAGUGAAUGGAUCACUGACUCAAGAUGCAGAAACGCUGUUUUGUCGAUCCUUAAGCUUCCAAACCCUAAUUUGGCUGACGAAAUCGAACAAGAUUGCGCUGAAAAAUCGUGGGAAGGAAUCGUAAAAAGGCUCUGGCCGAGAGCGAAAUAUGUUGAGGUCAUUGUGACGGGCUCAAUGGCGCAGUACAUUCCGACCCUCGAGUUCUAUAGCGGCGGUCUUCCUCUAGUUUCAACGAUGUAUGCUUCUUCCGAAUGUUACUUCGGUAUCAAUAUCAACCCUAUGUGUAAGCCUUGUGAUGUUUCCUACACGCUUUUACCAAACAUGGCGUAUUUCGAGUUCUUACCCGUCCUUGAUGACAAGGACGAUAACGAUCCCAGAAACGAUGAUAUGAUCGUUGAUCUCGUGGACGUCCAAAUAGGCCGGUAUUACGAACUUGUCAUCACAACCUUUACAGGUUUAUACAGAUACCGAGUGGGAGACGUUCUGGUGGUGACCGGUUUCCACAACAAGGCGCCUCAGUUCGGUUUCGUGCAAAGAAGAAACGUGGUACUGAGCAUAGAUACGGACAAGACAAGCGAAGAGGAUCUUCUCAAGGCGGUGACGAAAUCCAGACAGCUUCUCCAAACUUCAAACCUCCUGCUCAUGGAGUACACAAGCUGCACCGACACGUCAUCGAUCCCGGGGCAUUACGUCAUCUUCUGGGAGCUAAACCCCCGAAAUAAGACCGACCCAUUUGAGCUUAGCGCUUCAACAAUGGAGGAAUGUUGUUCCCAAGUGGAAGAAUGUUUGGAUUAUGUGUACAGAAGAUGCAGAAGCAGAGACAAAUCAAUAGGGCCUUUGGAGAUAAGAGUGGUGAGAAUGGGAACAUUUGAUGAACUCAUGGACUUUUGUGUUUCCAUGGGAUCUUCACUGAAUCAGUAUAAAACUCCGAGAUGUGUUAAAUCCCAAGGCGCCAUUCAGAUUCUUGAUUCAAGAGUUAUUGGGAGGUUCUUCAGCCCAAGAGCUCCUAAGUGGGAACCACUUGGUUUAGAUUCUAAUUAGUUAAUGUUGUGUUUGUAAGUGAUUCUGUCCUUUUAUUUUGUUUUGUGUUGCCUUGUAUAGUAGCAAAUGUGUACCGCAACCUUAUAGAUAAGUCCGUAUUCGAAAUAUUUU